AUGCCGGAAUCCUCCAAAGCAAGCGUUCGCACCGCCCCUACGCACGCUCCGUUUCGAGACCUCGUGCUCAACGCGGUGCGGGGAUUGAAGGAGCGCUCCGGCUCCUCCCUGUACGCUAUCCGUAAGAAAGUUGCGGAUGAGAACACCAGCCUGACGGGCACCUGGGAGAAGUCUGUGUCCCGUGCCAUCAAGCAGUUGUCGGAGCAGGGGGUCCUGGUGCGCAACAAGGCAUCCUUCAAGCUCGCACAGACCGCCAGGAAGCUGCAAGGACCUACCCCGGGGAAGAAGACAAAUGCUAGCAAGACAGCCAAAGCAGCAAAGCCUCGCAUCAAGAAGGCUGCUGCCACUGUGGCUGACGAAGUGAAGCCUGCCGCAGCAGAGGUCAAGGAGGCAGUGACGGAUGUGGCCAAGGCCGCGCAGAAAAAGGGCAAGCCUGCUAUCGACAAGGCUUUGAAAAGUGCUAAACCUGCUGCGGAAAAGGCUGUGAAGAAGGCCAAGCCUGCUGUCAACAAGGCCAUCAAGAAGGCCAAGCCUGCAGCAGACAAGGCUGUUAAGAAGGCCAAGCCUGCUGUCGACAAGGCCAUCAAGGACGCCAAGCCUAUUGUGGACGCAGCGGUCAAGAAGGCCAAGCCUGUAGUCAACAAGGCUGCCGCGAAGGCCACGCCUGCAGUGAUCAAAGCUGCGAAGACGACGGGAAAUGCGGUGGCAGGCGCAGCGAAGUCUGCGGCCCAGCAGGCCGGGGCAGCCGGCGAGAAGCUGAAGACGGCAGCUGCGAGGAAGAUCAAGCCUGCCGUGGAUGCGGCGGCCAAGACGUCUGCACCCAAGGCCCUGUCUGCAAAGAAGGCUGGAGUGAAGAAGGCCAAGCCGGCUGCACCCAAGAAGGCUGUCGUGAAGCCUGCCUCACACUGA